AUGUACUUUAUUCGAAAAUUUAUUAUUGGUCUCAUUUUUGUAUAUUUAAACGUUAACUGCUUUUUUUCUAUUCACGUCGAAUAUAAACAUAAAUACAUAGAAGAUUGGUCAGUAGCCGAUGAGGAAGAAGGCACAUGUAAUGCUGAUGAGCUUGAAUUAAGAACACAAUUACAACAAGUAGCACGUAAUAGCGAUCAAGAUGGUCAACAACAUUUACGUGUAGUAUGUUAUAUACAAGAAAUGUCCAGUAAAUGGACACAAUAUGAAUGUUCAAUGAUCUAUAGAAAAAAAUUACGAAUUAGAUCUAGAAAUAGUUGGCUUUAUAAACAAGAAAAAAAGAGCGGCAAAUGGGACAAAGAUAAAAACCCAUCAGUGCAUCUACUCAAUGAUUUUAUCGGAAUGGCAUUAUUAAACAAAAAUUUCCUUCAGAACUCACCGACAUGGCCAACAGCAAAAUAUAAAUUUGGUGAAAAUGAGUUAAUUGAUGAUGAUAGUUGUACAUGUGUAGUACUUUUAGAAAGUCAACCUUAG